AUGUCCGACUCUGCCCAAGUUUCCGUCGCUCCAGCCGCUCCAGCCAAGGCUAAGGCUCCAAAGUCUAAGGCUCCUAAGAUCGCCAAGGCUAAGACUGCUUCUGCUCAUCCACCAUACCUUAACAUGAUCAAGGCUGCUGUUAAGGCUUCUGAAGACAAGAAGGGAGCUUCCAAACAAUCGAUCCUCAAGUACAUCUCUGCCACUUACAAGCUCGGAGGAAAUGUUGUCCAGAUCAACUCUCGUCUCCGCCAAGCUCUUAAACGCGGUGUUGCCAGCAAGGCCCUCACCCAAACCGCUGGAUCCGGAGCGAAUGGACGUUUCCGUGUCGCUGAGAAGGCUGCCGCCGCCAAGAAACCAGCCGCCACCAAGAAGCCAGCAGCCAAGAAGCCAGUCGCCGAGAAACCAGCUGCCAAGAAAGCCGCCACUGGAGAGAAGAAGGCGGCCAAGAAGCCAGCCGCUGCCAAGCCAAAGAAGGCCGCCGGAGAGAAGGUGAAGAAGGCCAAGGCUCCAAAGAAGGUCGCGAAGCCAGUUGCAAAGAAAGCCGCCAAGUCCCCAGCCAAGAAGGCCGCUCCAAAGAAGGCCACCAAGGCAGCUGCACCAAAGAAGGCUUAA